CGCCAGUGGUCAAAUUGAGUAAACAGAAAUGUACAUUUGGUUGGUAACGUUACAACUCAUUUGUUGUCGCACGGUGUUAACAUGGCUUGAAUUAAAUACAUUUAAUGCAUUUUGGUUGAUCCAUCUUUCCCUGGAUUUCGACAAGUUGUAAAAUAAAGACGGCCUUGGAAAGAGCGCGCGCGGAUAAUUGCGGGCUGUGCGUGUGACAUCACACAUAUCCAUUACUAGCUCUUCUCGGCAUUGCAUUUAGGGGGAUGGGGCCGUGCAGAGGAUGAUAGAGCUCUCAUGGUGUUGUACUUUACUUCUUGGCUAAAUCCUUCCACUUCCUAACCGAGCCACCCACAUUGUUUUAUAUAUAGUACCAAUUCACGUAUGUAUUUUGGCGACGUUUGACCGGAGAAAAGUGGAGUAUCCGUACGACCACGGUGCACGCUGAAAAACUACAAAAUGUAUUCUAGUGGAGCUGCUGGAGCUGCUGAGAUGCUUGAACCACCUCACUCCUCGGGGUCAAUUGGCUCUGACCCCUCUGAUCCAGAUCCCCCGUCUCCCCCAGUGCCAGAGUAUGUGUUCAAACCCCCCUCGCGGCCAGACUUUGGCACCAUGGGCAGGACAAUCAAACUGCAGGCCAACUUCUUUGAGAUGGAGAUCCCGAAACUGGAGGUCUACCACUACGACAUUGACAUCAAGCCAGAGAAAUGCCCCAGAAGGGUCAACCGGGAAAUUGUGGAGCACAUGGUACAGCACUUUAAAACGCAGAUCUUUGGGGAUCGAAAGCCAGUGUAUGACGGGAGGAAGAAUCUCUACACAGCCAUGCCCUUACCUAUAGGCAGGGACAAAGUGGAGCUGGAGGUGACCAUCCCAGGCGAGGGGAAAGACCGGAACUUCAAAGUGGCCAUAAAGUGGGUGUCCUGCGUCAGUCUGCAAGCUCUUCAAGAAGCCCUGUCUGGACGACUGCCAAACAUCCCCUUUGAGACCAUCCAGGCCCUGGACGUGGUCAUGAGACAUUUGCCCUCUAUGAGGUACACCCCUGUCGGACGUUCUUUCUUCACCCCCUCAGAGGGAUGCUCCAACCCCCUGGGUGGGGGCAGGGAGGUCUGGUUUGGGUUCCACCAAUCGGUUAGGCCUUCCCUGUGGAAGAUGAUGCUAAACAUUGACGUGUCGGCCACCGCCUUCUACAAGGCCCAGCCUGUGAUUGAGUUCAUGUGUGAGGUUUUGGAUUUCAAAAGUAUCGAAGAACAACAGAAACCCUUAACCGACUCCCAGAGAGUAAAGUUUACCAAGGAAAUCAAAGGUAAUCAUUCAUUACCAGGUCUGAAGGUUGAGAUCACUCAUUGUGGUCAGAUGAAACGGAAGUACAGAGUAUGUAAUGUUACCAGAAGACCGGCCAGCCACCAGACGUUUCCACUGCAGCAGGAGAAUGGCCAGACCAUAGAAUGCACAGUAGCGCAGUACUUCAAAGACAAGUACAAACUCAUACUGCGCUACCCCCACCUCCCCUGUCUACAGGUCGGACAGGAGCAGAAACACACCUACCUCCCCCUCGAGGUCUGUAACAUAGUGGCUGGCCAGCGGUGCAUCAAGAAGCUGACCGACAAUCAAACAUCCACUAUGAUCCGUGCCACAGCCCGAUCGGCACCUGACCGUCAGGAAGAGAUCAGCAAACUGAUGAGAAGUGCCAACUUUAACAAUGAUCCUUACGUGCGUGAGUUUGGGGUGAUGGUGAGGGAUGAGAUGACCGAGGUGAACGGCAGAGUCCUCCAGGCCCCAUCCAUCCUCUAUGGAGGGCGGCAGAAUAAAGCAAUAGCAACUCCCAUCCAGGGAGUGUGGGACAUGAGGAACAAGCAGUUCCACACUGGCAUAGAGAUCAAGGUGUGGGCCAUCGCCUGCUUCGCCCCACAGAGACAGUGUACUGAACUCCUGCUUAAGGCGUUCACAGACCAGCUGCGUAAGAUCUCUCGCGACGCGGGGAUGCCCAUCCAGGGCCAACCCUGUUUCUGUAAGUAUGCUCAGGGGGCGGACAGCGUGGAGCCCAUGUUCAAACACCUGAAGUACACCUACCAGGGCCUGCAGCUGGUGGUGGUCAUCCUGCCUGGGAAGACACCCGUCUAUGCUGAGGUGAAGCGUGUUGGUGACACUGUGCUGGGCAUGGCCACUCAGUGUGUCCAGGUCAAGAAUGUUCAGAAAACCACUCCCCAGACCCUCUCUAACCUCUGCCUGAAGAUCAACGUCAAGCUGGGCGGGGUCAACAACAUCCUCCUCCCACAGGGCAGGCCCCUGGUGUUCCAGCAGCCAGUCAUCUUCCUGGGUGCUGAUGUCACUCACCCUCCUGCUGGAGAUGGGAAGAAACCCUCCAUCGCUGCAGUGGUGGGGAGCAUGGACGCCCACCCCAGCCGCUACUGUGCCACAGUGCGGGUGCAGCAGCAUCGCCAGGACAUCAUCCAGGACCUGGCCACAAUGGUCAGAGAGCUGCUCAUCCAGUUCUAUAAGUCCACCCGCUUCAAGCCCACACGGAUCAUCUACUACCGCGACGGCAUAUCUGAGGGCCAGUUCAACCAGGUUAGACUUGAGGUGCUCCAACAUGAGUUACUGGCAAUCCGUGAGGCCUGCAUCAAACUGGAGAAGGACUACCAGCCCGGUAUCACCUUCGUGGUGGUGCAGAAGAGACACCACACUCGACUGUUCUGCAUGGACAGAAACGAGAGGGUUGGUAAGAGUGGCAACAUCCCUGCAGGCACCACAGUGGACACCAAAAUCACUCACCCAUCAGAGUUUGACUUCUACCUGUGUAGCCACGCUGGCAUUCAGGGGACCAGCCGACCGUCCCAUUACCACGUGCUGUGGGAUGACAACCAUUUCACCUCGGACGAGCUGCAGGUGCUAACCUACCAGCUGUGCCACACCUAUGUGCGCUGCACCCGCUCAGUGUCCAUCCCUGCACCAGCCUACUACGCCCACCUGGUGGCAUUCCGUGCCCGUUAUCACCUGGUGGAUAAGGAGCAUGACAGUGCGGAGGGCAGUCACACGUCGGGACAGAGCAAUGGGCGUGACCAGCAGGCUUUGGCCAAGGCAGUUCAGAUCCACCAGGACACACUGCGCACUAUGUACUUCGCCUGAAGCACCGGGGGCGGGCAUUGGUGAGACAGACCCAACAGGGAAGAAGCCCUCUCUCCUCCCACCUAACCCUCUUACUGUAUCAGGUGUGGGCGCUAAGUGGGUUUGUCGUCUUGUCUCUCCCUGCCAGUAAGGGGGAAUGAUACCAAACAAAUUAGGGAGGUUUUUUUUUCUCCAAAAUGUCCACAAUUAUUUUCAAACAUGCAUACAAAACCGCUUUCUCCCCCCCCCUUCCUGGCCUAUCCCUGGUCAUUAUUAGGCAGUACUAUGUAAAAUUAUUCCUCAGAAAUGGGUUGUGGUGGAGUGGACUCGUUUAUUUUACAUGUUGUACAUUUGUUUGUAUUUGUAAAUGUGGGGGAGAGAUUUGUAUUACUUUUCUUUACACUGACAGUUGGAAAUACUUGUAUCAAACUAAGGGGCGGUAUCAUCACACUUUGGUGGUGUUUAGACACUAUACAGUUUUCUGAAGGGGUCUCCAGGGUUGAAAGGAGGUGGGGAUAUCAAAGACGAGAACGGUCCGAUAUAGGUUUAUAAUCAUUCUUACUCUUCACGACUUUAUUUAUCAGCCAAUCAAAGCAAAGUGCACUGACCAGGACUUAAGUACACAAGUACUUAACAUCUUAUCUUUUCAUUUGUAUGUACUAUGAAUUUAACAGGCUUGGAUACAGUACCAGCCUCAAGAGUAUUUGUCCUCCAACACUGGUGACCAACACGUUUUUAUGCUGCAUCUGAUGACCGCUAAGCAAGUCAUUUUUGUAUUAGAUUUUCAUUAGACUUUGAAACUGUUAACACUUAUUUUUUAUCAAGACUUAUACAAAUCAAUAAUAUGAAAUUGUAACGACAGCAAUUUUUGCUGUCUUGCCUUUUACUUGGACUGGGUUGUUUUGUCAAUCUAUGGCCAGUGUGGCCAGCGAAUAGAUUUACUAAUAGAAUGGGACUGGUUCCCAACAGACACCUUUUGUGUUCUCUGAGCCACAUUACAUGUGAAGACAUCUACAUUGGGGGGGGUGUCAAGUCUCUUGAAAUGAAAUCUGUUGUCUCGUUUUAGUGUCCCCCUUAUUUUCAUGCAAUCUAUUUUACGAAUUUGUGCGUAGAUGACUUACACGUUCGAUUUAAGCAUUUGGAUAUUGUUAACCCUAUCUAGUUUUCUUUAUGGUUUUAUGGCAGCGAAAUGGUUUUCUCCCGACUGGGGGGGUGGUAUAGUUGUAAUGCUGUCAUCUUGUAGUACAGUUGAUGUAUGAAUCGGUAUAGUAGAGUGAAGCCUGUGAUGUCAAUGUCACACGUGUAGGUACUGAACUGAAGAUGAGGUGGGGUUCUAUUGGGGGAGAAAAGAUUCCAGAGACUGCUAGAUAUUUUCUCUUUGUUAUUCCUCUAAAAAAAAGGGAGCAAUUAUGCUAUUCUACUAGUCGAGCAAAGUUGUACUUUUUAAUUUUUUUUUUUACCGCAAGUAGUUUAAUUGUGGGCUUUGUAUCAUAGCCUCAUUGGAUAUAGGGUAUAUUUUGAAUACGCUUUUAGAAGAGAAUGCUAAAAUGAUAGAAGAAAUUUUUCAAAACGAUUGUCUGGUAUGUAGUUAUAAAGAAUAUUAAAAAAAAAAAAAAAUUACAAAAAAAAAAAGUUUAUGCAGAGCUUGCAUGAAGAAAUUGUAAUGCCUUCCAAAAUGUUUUUUAUUCCUUUUUCUGUUCUCCUUAGUAAUGACAUUUUAGCAGGGGUUUUUCAUAUAGCUUAGAUUGGCUGGCUUUUAUCUCGCUCUUUUCUAACUAUGCAUUGUUUUUAACCAAGAGAUUUUAGCAGUGACCUUUCCCAAAUAUGAAUUUAGGACAUUUGUAGAGUAGUAGUUUUUUUGUUGCUUGGUGCGUUUUAAUAGCAUUUGUAGUGCUUCUUCCCUAGACCUUUAAUGGUAUGGGAGGGUUGUGUUGUCAUUUGUAUUGUAUAUUUGAUGGCACAAAAAUUCGGUAUAUACUUUAUAGAACACACAUCACUCUUCUUAGCCAAACAAGAUUACAUAUUUUAUACAAAAUUCAUGUCCUAAAGAAACUGAAGCACAAGAUACAUUUUUAAUUCCAGGUGCUCGACUUUCUCUUUCACUAAUGUCACCUUAAAUCUCAAUGGACUUGUCCAAGAUGCUCUUCACUUGCCAUAAGUAUGGUAAUAGACGCAGAAGUGGUUUUGAAAACUUUUUUUUUUUUCUCUCUACCUUAAUGACAUACAUUUCUCAUUACCUUUAAAGUCAUCCGAAGUCCGACUGACUGUGGAGCAUUCUUAGAAAUCAAGUACUUGAUAUUUACUUGGUUUUUUCCUUUUUCUUUGCUGGUCUCGCGAUUUGUAAAUUGAUGCAUUUUUUGAUAGUAGUGAACAUAAAUUCCAUUGAUUGGUCAAGCCAAGCAGGAGACCCGGACAUACAUUAUGUGCAAUUGUGUUGAAAUGGCUGUGUGUUCUACCUCUUGUUACCUGUUCAAGUGUUAUGGUAACGUCACACUGUUGGUCAUUUCUUCAUAAUUACACAGGAUAUUAUCUGGUUGUCAUGUGUUUAAACCUUUCAUGUAUGACAGUCAGUGAACAUGCGUUCUGUAGUCAUAGUUUCAUAGUUCUUGAGUGGGAUCUUAAAUCUUGUUCAAGAUGUUUCCAAAACAAACAAAAAAGUGAUUUGAGAGCAAAUUUGAUCGUAACAAGCUUUUUAUUUUAAUUGUUUUCUGCGCCAAUGCAUUCAUGUUUAGCACCUCAUUGCAUAUCUUUGGAGAUGGAUGGAGUUGCCUAACAGUGUUGUAAACAUGUUGGUAAAGCCAAGGCUAAUAAUUUAGCUGCUCACCCACAAUUUGAUGAUUAGUAUUGUUCAUUGACAUUUUUCUUUUAAGCUAUUUGCUUAAUACUUUUGAAUAUGCAACAUGUACUGCUCUGCUCCCAUAGAUACAUACACAUGGGGUACAUAGAAAGGCAUCUCCCAUGUUGCUUUAAUUGGGUUCAUUGAAUGAAAUGUUGUUUUUGGAAUGCGUCGUCUUAGCUCCCCUCAUUGUUGUCUCACAUUUGAUUCAUAUUUGCUACAGUCAACCCAACAGAUGGCAGGUUUUAGUUAAUACAGUUCAAGUAGACAUGAUUGAUAACAUGAGUUGCUGUGUUAACUAAUCAAGCAUGAUUUGUUGUAGGGUGCACUGGUCAAUACAGCAUGUUUGCUUGUCCAUUGAAUUGUGAACAUUCUCCUUUCAAUAUGGCUAAAGCUCAACUUUUCAUACUACCUUUUUUCAUCCGUUUUCCCUCCCUGAAGUCUGCCUUGCCUUUUUGUUCACCCUAAACUUGUUUCUUGGGAGAUGUGGUCUUGUUACUGCUUAUUUGUGUUUUAAGUUACUUAUUUAUACACAGCACCUUGGAUUAUACCAGACCUGUACAGCAUUGCUUUUCCUGAAAAUAUCCAAAACAUUUGAUGUUAUUUUGCACUAAAAUAAAAACCCUUUUGGAGCUGUAGUAUAGUCACUAGUUUAUUGUCUGAGAGAAAAUGAGACCAGAUCAGCUGGUGAUAUGAUGCAUCAUGAGUCUCAAUACCAGGCUAGUUUGUCUGAGACCAUACCAAGUCAUUGCAUUGACAACUGGUCCCAGAUUACACACAAUCAAAUUGUAUUGGUCACAUACACGUGUUUAGCAGAUGUUGUAGGAAAUGCUUGUUUCUAGCUCCAACAGUGCAGUAAUAUCUAACCAUUUCCCAACGUAUACCCAAUACACACAUCUAAGUAAGGAACGGGGUUAAGAAUGUAUACAUAUACAGACUAGCAAUGUCAGCGGCAUAGACUAUGAUACAGUAUAUACAGAUGAGUAAUGCAACAUAUGUAAACUUUAAUAAAGUGGCCAGUGAUUUCAAGUCUGUGUAUAUAGGCAGAAGCCUCUGUGCUAGUGAUGGCACACUAAGCCAGACAUUCAGAUGGUUACACCUAGGCCUGUUUGUCGAGAGGGUUUCUCCCAGCCAGCAUGCAGUGGGGAUUCACUGAAAAUAUUGCCUUUUUAACGGCCUCGUCAGAUGAAUAACUGCCACUGGGUUGUCAUUGAAUCUCCUCCCAGAAGAGGGUUCAUCAUUUAUUCUAUUUUGAGCUUUUGUAUUUCUAUGGCCAUGAAAAGGUUGAGGGAAAACCAUAUGCAAAACAAUAGUCGAAACUGACAUUUAUCUUACCAUGUAUUAGGAUGAUGGGUAGACGUCUGGUAGUUGGAACGUUCUGAUUGUUUAUCUUAUUGGUUGUGUAAAUGUGUAGCUAUAGUCUGAUGCCAAAGUUGUGUGUGUGGAAAAAGGGUCCAGCAAGUUGUUGGUUAAAUGUAUAUUACCUGCGUUGUUGUGGUCGCCAGAAUUAGAGAAGUCAGAGGCAUCAAAGAAUGUGGCAGAAUUAGUAGCAUAUCCGUAUGUAGGAGUUGACUGCACACCUUUUUUGAUCGGAGAACACCGUGCUAUAUUUAAGCAAUAAGGCACCUCGGGGGUUUGUGGUAUACGGCCAAUAAACCACAGCUAAGGGCUGUUCUUAGGCGCAACGCAUUGCGGAGUGCCUGGACACAGCUCUUAGCCAAGGUAUAUUGGCCAUAUACCACAAACCCCCGCGUAGCAAUAUAAGCUGUUCGUCCCCGAUCUGACAAGGUAUAAUUCUGUCUGCCCUCGGACAAGGCAGUUAACCCACUGUUCCCUAGUAGGCCGUCAUUGUUAAUAAGAAUUUGACAUUAACUGACUUGCCUAGUUACAGGUUACAUUUAAAACCAACAUUAGAGCAGUAAAAAUAAAUUGUUGGCACACCCAUGGUAUACGGUCUGAUAUACCGUGGCUUUCAGCCAAUCAGCAUUCAGGGCUGGAACCACCCAGCUUUAAACGAUUUAGUCUUUGUCAUUCAAAUCAGGAAUGUACGCAAGUGAGAGACAGUUGCCAUAGGGAAGUCAUCUGUAGAUGGAAUGUGUAUUUGUACAAAAUAACAUUAAAAUCAUGCACAGACUAUCUCAAGUUAGUAAUUAUUGCAUGAAAUCAAGACAUGCAUAUGCAUCGUGGGCCGUGAAUAACAACUAUGUUGAUGGGGGUGUUUUCUUGUAUUAGAAGGCAUAUCAUGUUAAUAGAUCAUUGGAACUGAACAGUAGCUUUACAUUCUAGUCCCAAGCCCUUGCAGGAAAAGGUGCUCUUCAUAUAAGGCUGAGACUCCAAGUUCUAUCAGAAGGUCUUUGUAUUAUCAAUAUUUAUGAUUAAAUCGAUGUUGAGCAUUUGCCACCUGAUUUUUGUACUGUCAGUCUAAGUAUUUGUGGAAAACAAAUCGAUAACUAAAGGUUAUGAAUAAUAAUAAUAGUCUGUCUUAUACAUAAAAUGACAAUAGAUCCAAUAUUUAUCUUUAUCAUGCUUAUUUGAGUCGUUGGAGUGUGUUUGCGUGACAUUUUAAAGGGUAUUUGAGAUGGUUUAGCUUCUCCAUUGCUUAGCUUUACCCUGUAGUAGUUUUCACUUGUAUAGCUUUGAUUUGGGCAGAACAUUGUCUAGAUGGGCUGAGUAGUAGUAGUAGUAUAGGCUGGCUUUUCUAUCCUAUCCAGCUAAGGUAAUGGCUCCUGUAUUACAGAGGAAAGUGAAAAUAAACAACGUAAAUUACAAAGCGGGUGCUAUCUGUGUUCAAACUAUUUUAUACUGUGGGCAAACAAAAAAUAUAUAAAAUCGGAUGUGUGUACAGAAAGGCCACUCUCCUUUACCCAUCUUCCCUUGAAGGUCUACAUUUGAAAUAACAUCCCUGUUUAGUAGAGAAACUUAUUUUCUUAACUCAAAUGUAACAAUGAAUGUACUUACGGCCAGUGUAUUUGUAAUAAGUUGUAUCCACCUGUAAUUUAUGCUUGUAUCCAUAAUUUUUUUUAAUGCAUGCUCAUUAUCCUCAGUCCACAAACCUUAAACUGAUUGGCUCCUGAAAGUGGGAUAAAGUCCAACUUCAGUCUUUGUUUUCCUAAGUACCUUAGCAUAGGCUAACAUCACAUAUUGUCAAAUAAUUAAUUCCCCUUCUGUCAUCACAUUGAAUAGACAUGAGUAAGAAACUGAUUAUAGUCUCAUACAUCUUGUUCAUCAGAAAGCAAAAUGUUAUCAUUUUAAUAGUUGAUUUCUUAGUUACAUUUGAAAGCUAUCACGGGAACGUUUAGACUUCUAUAAAAUAAAACAGUUUUGCUACAUAGUGUCACACUGGUGCAAAGAUCGGUCCGUUUGAUCUUUUUCCUUUGUGUGUGAGAUUUUUGUCUUAUGCUCGUCUUGGUUCUGAUAUUCCACUACAGUACACACUAGAUAGUCAUUUUCCAUAAAACUAAUGCUGUCUCAGGCAACUAAUCCAACAUUUUGUGUUGACACCUUGGAAUGUCUGCAAAUGUCCAAGUUUUUAAGAUGCUUAUGAUCUCUAACAUGAUGUGAUGCUGUCUCAGUGCCAUGGCUUCAGCAUGUCCUGCUGUGAUGAGCGUCCCAUAUCUUAGUCUUCUCUCCCCCUUGAGUAAACGGCACGAUUGUUUUCUAGUGUUCUUCGGUUGAGCUGAUUCUAAGCACUAGGCCAGGAUUGUCGUUAUGCCAAGCUUGACCCCCUAUGAUCCUAUUUAAAAAGAGAACAGAGCCUUCAUAGCGCUUCACCAAACAAAUGCCAUAUGUGCAUUUAACAUGCAGGACUGACAUGAAUGUGUUAUAUCCUUCUGAAAGAAUUGAGAGCUUCAGAAUGACUUGGCUUUUUAUAUACCAACUUAGUAAACUACCUCAAAACGGUCUCGGGUGCUAGUGUUUAUCCCUAAUUUAUGACGAAGACAAAAAUCAAUUGUAGUGACCAAACAACAUAAGCCAAUACUGUGUAUUAGACAUUAUUUUACAUCCCAAAAAUGUAUUACAGAUGAACUUUACAUACAAAAACAAAGUUCAAAGGACCAAAUUUUGUAAUUGCAGUUCAAGUCUCUAUGUUAUUAUAUAUGCAUGCGAGUCCUCUUAAUUUUUAUAACUGUAGUGAUAACAAAUAACCAAUGAACGCUUAGCUAGCAGAAACUGAGUUGGGAGGAGUUCGCGUAGCAAUAUAAGCUGUAGUCAUGACUGGAUGAUAUAUUGACGUGCCAAUCGAAUGGCUAUUUAUUCGUCCAUCUAAUCACUUACUAUUCCUGCUAUACAUUUUUGGUAGUAUUAAAUAUAAAUAAUGGGCUGCAGAUGGAGGCUUGUCAAUGGGAUGAUGUAUGCAGAGCAAUAACUACUGAAGUCCAAGCUAAGGCUGUGAUUUGCUUGACUAGGUGUAAUGCAAGUCUCACCUAGUGAGCUACAUGAACCCUGCCUUGUGAUCUAGAGUCAACUACAGCAGGCCUCAGACUCGGUGGCGUCUUUCAUUCAGCCUUUAAGAGAUGGAUGUCUGAUAAAUGGAAUGUACUUGUAGCUUAGCAAACAAAUGGUCCACAGUUAAAGCUUACUAAGGGUCUGACACAAUCUGCAUCUUUAAGUGAUUUUAUCCAGUACCGCAAUAAAACCGCCAAGGCUUUUAUUUCAUUUUUUGUUGCCCUUUACCAGUUUUAAUCUGUUCUUACACCCAGAAAAAGGAUAAUAACUAACUAUCCACAUUUGUAAUGUUUUAGGGAAGGCUAAUAUAUGUAUUUUUGCAUGCUACAUUCUACGAAGUGAAUACAUUUGAACUACACUUUCCUCAAUGUUUUGUACAUUGACAUGAUAUACAGAUGUUGCCUACUGGCAUAUUUCAGUCACUUAAGAUAAUCUGAUAGCCCAAUGGAAAGGUACAACAAAGGUAUGGAAAUUAAAUUCCAAUUCUCGUGUCAUCUGAUCUGAAAACAUCACAUGUUUUUAUGGUGUGCCUUUUUAGAGAUUUAUUUUCCACCAAUCCUAUUUGAGUUGCUCACCCAUAUUUGAUUUACAGCACCACAUAAAAUAAUUUCCACAUUAUCAUGCAACCUUGAGUGAAGACGCUGCAUAGAGUGAUCAGUAUUUGUUUUGCACUUUCAAAGCAGUUUUUUUUUUAAAUGCCAGCUUAAGGCUGGGCAGACAGAAAUGUAUAAAACACAAGGUAUUUUAUGCUAUCAACAUGAAUAAUAUGACUGAAGAGCUUUUCUAAAAAGGUAAAGAUAUAUCUAUAUAUAUUCACGAAGUACCUCAUAAGCCUGACAAAUGCUGCAUUGACUUUUCUCAUUUUUUAUUUUGUCUUCAUAUUGUCCAAUAAAAUGUAAAUAUCCCCUUUGGGAGGUUUGAUUGUCACAAGGCUGUGCAUAUGCCAUGCAAAACCAGUUCACUGUCAAACAUUUAAAUGGUAUAUUCUGAACCUGAAGCCAAAAUAAAUGGUUGUGUGAGAUUGUGUCAUGUAUGCACUUUUGUUAAAUACAUUUAUCAUCAUUCUAAAUUGUAGCCACAUACUUUCCAUGUUUUGCUUGUUAGGAUGCUGUGAGUGUCCAAAGAACCCCCAAAAAUUGGUGUCAGUCAGGAAUUAAUGUAAUUUUCCAUCCACAAAACUAUGGAGACUCCAUACUGUUCGACAUGACCGUUGUCUCCGGUAUUGCCAUGAGAGGGCUGUAUCUGCAACUGUUUGUCCUCCCUAUCUUAUUCUCCCACACCUUUGUCUUAAGAUGGCCUUAGAACUUCAAAUGGGGUACCUUCUAGUAUAUUUGGCCUUAAGUACAAAAUUAUGCACUAGAAACCAUGUCAUUGCCACAUAUCUACCUCCUAUGAAUGUAAGUGUCCUGAAGAUGCAGUCACCUGAUUUUAAUUUUGUUCUGUUACUCUUUAAAAAAAAAUUUUUUUUACGACAAUCAUCCUUGAAUUAUCAAUUAAAUAUUUUUGAAAAGCCCUACACUUCCUUAUGUCUUGACUUUUCACAGUAAACACUAUCCAGGACCUACCAUUUCUGUUUUAACCCUUCAAGGAUUUUUUUCUUUAAAUGUCAAUGUAAAAGCGACCAAAUGCUUUUUGCAAAGGCAGUCCUGCACAGUACAGUGAACUCAAACCUCCCUCGCGUGUGAUUUAGAUUUUCAGAGUUUUCUCUAUUACCACAUGCUAAAAUUGAAUUUGCUGUCAUAUCUAUCAUGGAGAGAUCUUUUUGGUGCUGGUUUAUUGGUUCGAUCCACUGCUAGCAGCUCCUCGUUGUCGAAAGUGUCAGUUUUGAUUUCUAUUACUUUUUUUGUUAACAAUUAUGAUUACAAACACGAGAGAUGCUGUAAAGCCCUGAUAGAAAAUGUGAAUGUUUCAUUUAAUAUAGUUAACUCUGGCUUGACUGUAAAUUGCAUUAAUUCAUAAAAAUAUCAAGUUUCUUAAUUUGAUGUCUUUUACUAUGUAUAUAAAGAUUUGGUUAAAAUGUGAA